AUUGCAAGCAGAAACGCCAACCGCCGUGCCGAGUCUCGCAAGCCGCUUCCGCCCAGUUUCGGCCAUUUCGCACUCAGCACGCACUGGAAUUGUGUCGAGACACCUCAGUCUCGUCUCUGCAUAAUGGCGCCUGUCCACAAAAUCGCCCUUGUCCAGCUGCAUCCGAGGGCACUCGCUGUACAAGACAAUUAUGCCCGGGCCGAGGCCUUCAUCAGAGACGCAGCGGCCAAGGGGUGCGCCCUUGCAGUCCUGCCCGAGUACCAUCUCACCUCCUGGGUGCCGGAUGACCCAAACUUUGGAGCGGCUUGUGCUGAGUCUGCCUCAUAUCUGCAAAAGUACCAGAGCUUGGCCAAGGAGCUGUCGAUAUGUAUCGUGCCAGGCACCAUUAUUGAGGAGGCUCCCAAAGAUGGCGACGACUCGCUGCACAACAUCGCCUACUUCAUCUCCUCUGACGGCAGUAUCCUAGGCCGGUACCAGAAGAAGAAUCUCUGGAUUACUGAGCGCAAGCACCUCGUAUCUUCCGCGCACGAGCCGCACCAGGCGUUCGACACGCCACUUGGCCGCAUCGGCCUGCUCAUCUGCUGGGACCUGGCUUUCCCUGAGGCGUUUCGCGAGCUGAUCUCUGACGGAGCAGACAUUAUCUGUGUUCCCACGUUCUGGUCGCUCAAGGACGUGUCGGACGAAGGGUAUGCAUUGAACAAGAAUGGCGAGGCGCUCUUCUUGCAGAGCACCAUCGUCAGCCGGGCAUUUGAGAACACGUGCGCCGUCGUCUUUGUGAACGCGGGGGGCCCGCCGGAGCGGGGGGAGGAGACGGCGUUUGCGGGGAUGAGUCAGCUGGGGAUGCCGCACCUGGGGGCUGUAGGCAAGCUAGGCCAGGCCGAGGGCAUGAGCAUCGUGGAACUCGACAUGGACGUGCUGCGGAUUGCCGAGGACAACUACAAGGUGCGCGAGGAUAUGCAGAAGGAGGGCUGGCACUAUGCGUUCACGCAAGAUCGUGGCUCAGGCAGCAACAGCAAGCUGUAGCUAGAUAUUGGUUGACCUCGAGAGAAUGGCACAACGCCAACGCACAGUGGCCAGCAUCGUCACCAAUGCGCGUGCAAGAGUCAUGGUUGGCUAGUGAAUAGUGGCCGCCACGAGUCAUCAGACUCUGUCGCGGACACCUGGGGAGGCGCGGUGUUACAGAAGUUCGAUCGUGCUUAGGUAAUGCCCGCAAGUCGGAGGCUCGAUGGCCAGGCCCCAGAUGUCGAGCGGCGGAUGGGCGAUGGUGCAAUCCGGCGGCGAGC